AUGGCGCAAGCGGAGAAUGUUUUGAGCCACAGCAGUGAAAGCGGCUUCACUGAAGGCGAGGGAACCAAGGCUCAAAAUGAGGCCCAGAAUGAUGCAGAGUUGCUGGAAACCAUGGGCUACAAGCCAGUGCUUCACCGCACAUACACAUUAUUCGAGAACUUCUCGACAACUUUUGCUGCACUGUACUUUGUCGGCGGAGUGCGGGUCACCUACAGCACUGGAAUCGCCUCUGGUGGUAAUCUGGCAUACUGGACCAGCUACCUGGUUACCAUGGUCUUCACUUUCAUCACCGCUGCAGUGGUUGCGGAAGUGUGCUCGGCAUCACCAUCCGCAGGAUCGAUCUAUAUCUGGGCUGCCGAAUCUGGCGGUCCUCGAUUUGGCCGUCUACUUGGCUUUAUCGUUGCUUGGUGGAGCACCACAGCUUGGACUACCUUUUGCGCAAGCAACACACAAUCGGCUGUCAACUAUAUGCUGGCAGAGUUGACUGUCUUUAAUGUAGACUUCCCACAAGAUACUGAUAGUGUCAAGUUCCGAGCGGUUCAGUGGAUUUGCGCUGAGAUUCUCCUUGCUUUAGCUGUCCUGCUGAACUUGAUGCCUCCCAAGUACUUCAAAUAUGUCUUUUGGGCAUCUUCUGGAAUCGUUUUGCUGGAUUUCUUGUUGAAUCUGAUCUGGCUCCCUAUUGGUACUGCUCAAACGUGGGGUUUCCGUUCUACUCACGAAGCUUUUAUGACCACUUAUAACGGAACCGGUGCGCCGGCUGGCUGGAACUGGUGUCUUUCUUACCUGGCCACUGCUGGUAUCCUUAUCGGAUUUGAUGCCUCCGGUCAUGUUGCCGAAGAGACUAAGAACGCCUCGGUGACAGCUGCUCGUGGUAUCUUCUGGAGUACUGUUGUCAGUGGAUUUGGUGGUCUGGCUACGAUCAUUCUGUUCCUGUUCUGCGCUCCCACUGCGGAUGUUCUAAUGGAGUUUGGGUCCCCACAACCGUUUGUUCCGCUCUACGCCGUCGUAUUAGGUCAAGGUGGUCACAUCUUCAUGACCAUCAUCUGCACCGUUGCGCUAUGGCUGAACACCGCAAUCGCAAUCAUUGCAGCCUCUCGUCUCGUCUUCGCCGUCGCUCGCGAUGGCGUCCUGCCCUUCUCAAGCUGGGUAGCCAAAGUAGACGGCGGCCAACCACGCAAUGCUGUCCUCGUGAUCUGGGGUGUGUCAGCCCUGGUUCUAUGCACGAUCCUCCCCUCAAGCGUGGCUUUCACAUCUCUCGUCUCAGCAGCCGGUGUUCCCAGCGCUGCUGCAUACGGACUUAUCUGCCUCGGUCGACUUAUCUGUACCCCGAACCGAUUCCCGAAGCCGGUGUGGAGUCUUGGUCGUUGGAGCAAGCCUUUCCAGGUUAUUGGUGUUUUCUGGAACGGAUGGGUCGUAGCCGUCUUAUUUUCACCAUACGAGUGGCCCGUCACUGCAGCUAACUUGAACUAUGCACCAAUCAUCAUGGCUGGUGUCACGAUCUUUGCGUUGGUUUCCUACUUUGUCAUGCCUGAAAAUGCAUGGCUUCCCAACGAGCGUCUUACGCACUUCAUUGAUACCAAGGGUGCCGCAGAAUCGGUUCAGGAGGUCGACCACGAUGAGGCCGAGUCGAGCUCUAGCCAUUAA